CUGCCUAAAAAGACGACGAAGAAGAAAAAGAAGCCCACCCGCCGCAGUCAACAGGAAAACAUGGCUUCAAGGUUACUGCUCCGCACCGCGUUUAGAGCCGCAACCAGCUGCCGGGUCGCCCGGGCUCCGGCUCUGAGCCGCUGCAUGGCUGCCGGAGGCAUUCCCACUGAUGAGGAGCAGGCCACAGGACUGGAGAAGGUUAUCAUGAACGCCAUGAAGGAGGGAGCGGAUCCUUACAACAUGAUGAAGCCGAAGAACUAUGCUGGCUCCAAGGCUGACCCCCACCUGGUUCCUUCCAUCACAAACAAGAGGAUCGUGGGCUGUGUCUGUGAGGAAGACAACACUGCAGUGGUUUGGUUCUGGCUUCAUGAAGGUGAGGCCCAGCGAUGCCCAUCCUGUGGCUCCCACUACAAACUGGUGCCUCAUGAGCUGCCUCACUAGCCUCCAGCUCUGUAACCUGUGCAGAUGUGUGUGUUUAUGCUUGCACAACACAUCUGUGUCUUUUAUACCUCUUUUUUUUUUUUUUUUUUUUUUUUUUUUUUGCAAUAUUCAUUCCUCCUCCAGAACAACAAGAGCGAGAUUAUCCACACCCUGCAGGAUAUGUUUUCAGCUCGGUGUAUUUCCUGGUCUGAUGGCACUUGUCUUGUUUUGUUUUACUACUUGAUCUACAUGCUGACCUCAUCAGUCUUUGCUUUACAUCAGAGGUCUCCAACUCCAGUCCUCGAGAGCUACAGUCCUGCAGCUUUUAAAUGCAUCCCUGCUUCAACACACCUGAAUCAAAUGAAUGGCUCAAUAUUAGGCCUUUGCCAAACUUGAUGGCAUGCUGAAGAGGUAAUUCAAUCAUUUGAUUCCACUUUGUGGGAGCAGGGACUUAUCUAAAGGUUGCAAGGCAGUAGUUCUCAUGGACUGGAGUUGGAGACCCCUGCUUUACAUGUUACAUUUCCAUACAGAUACAGUGUGUUUGAAAUACUCAGGCAGUUUACUCUGGUAUAUAUACUGUACACUGUCAUAAUGGGUCCACUUAACUCCUGUGUUUUAAUCAAUAAACAAUAAGAACUUAUUUUAA